AUGGCAGGCGGAAAACAGCCAUUCAACAUCUUCAAGUUGAACCGGGGAGACGACCCGAAGGAAGUCCUGAACUGGAGAUUAUGGCUCGCCGUCUUCUCCUUCGGUUUGAUGGGAGCCGCCCGAGGUGUCGAUGAAGGUCUCAUCAGUGGCACUCUCAGCUCGAAGCAUUUCAGGCACAAGAUAGGGAUUAGUUACCCCGAUCAGAUCACCGAGGAGGAGUACGCCAACAUCAAGGCGAACGUCUCGGCCAUGGUGCAGAUUGGCAGUGUCGCCGGUGCUGGACUCGCUUUCGUUCUCUGUGAUCGCAUCGGUCGCCUCUGGGCAACGCGUCAACUCUGCCUCAUCUGGAUCAUCGGUAUCGUCAUCUUCUUGACCAACAACGGCAGCCUGGGCCAGGUCUACGCUGGCCGCUUCAUUGCUGGCUUGGGUAUCGGCCAGACCACCGUCGUCGCCCCCGUAUACCUCUCCGAGAUCUCCCCCAAGUCUGUCCGCGGUUUCUGCACGACAACCUUCUCUGGAUCCGUCUACCUCGGUAUCAUGUUGGCAUACUUUGCCAGCUGGGGAUCCUCCAUCCACAUUUCCGACAAGACGGACACGCGCUGGGUUGUCCCAACCACCCUCCACAUCAUGUUCGCCGGUAUCAUCUUCAUCCUCUCCUUCUUCAACUACGAGUCUCCUCGCUAUCUCGUCAGGAGAGGCAAGGACGAGCAAGCCAUUGUCAACCUGGCUCGCGUCCGCAAUCUCCCCGUCGACCACCCAGUCGUCGUUUCUGAGAUCGCUGAGAUUCAGGCUCAGCUAAACGAAGAAAAGGAAGCUACCCUAGGCCUAGGAUGGAAGGGCCUCAUCAAGGAGAUGUUCUUGAUGCCCAGCAACCUCUAUCGAAUCCACAUCGGCCUCCUUUCACAGCUCCUCUCUCAGUGGUCAGGUGCUCAGUCAAUCACAAUCUAUGCACCUGAUUUUUUCGCUUUAUUAGGAACGACAGGCCAGAACGAGAAGCUAUUCGCAACUGCGAUCUUCGGUGUCGUCAAAUUGGUGGCGGCGCUGAUGUGCGCGUUUUUCCUCGUUGAUGUUAUUGGCCGCAAGCGCUCGCUUGCCAUUGGAAUCUUUCUCCAGGCCAUGUCAAUGAUGUACGUGGCUAUCUUCCUUACUGUCGCGGGGGAAAAGGAUUCCACAGAUUACUCCAACUCGGAGAAGCAUGCCAGUGUCGGCGCUAUUGUGAUGAUUUACGUUUCUGGCUUUGGCUGGGCGAUGGGAUGGAACACCAUGCAAUACCUUCUCAACGCGGAGAUGUACCCUCUACGCAUCCGUGCCAUCAGCUCCAGUCUGGUCAUGUGCUUCCACUUCGUCAACCAGUACGGGAACAGCCGUGCCGUCCCCAACAUGCUGUUGAAGCCCAGUUUGGGCGGCAUGGGACCGGCAGGAACCUUCUGGUUCUUCACUGUCAUCACGGCCAUUGGUGGAUUGUGGGCGUGGUUCUUCAUUCCGGAGACGGCAGGACGCAGUCUCGAGAGCAUGGAUCGUCUCUUCACCCUCAAGUGGUACCAGAUUGGUACCAAGGGGCAACAGGAGGCCGAGAUGCAACAGACGGUCGAGACCGAGAAGAUGCAGCAAGAGGAGGCGAGUCGGGGAACUGCGGUGCAUACAGAGAGGGCGCAGGGUGUUUGA